UUGGUGGACUGUCAAAGGGGAAAGGAAAUUUUUGGAUUACUUCAAGAUCUCCCACCGCCCCCGCCCAACUGACGUUUGCGAAUUGCGGCUUUGGAAAUUGAAGUGUUGACUAGAGUGUGGAGAGAGAGUUGCUGAUUUCAUUGCUUUGAGUACUAGUAAAACCAUUUAAGUAUCAGCCGGAAGGGAGACAGCUAUUGACAUUUACAUCGGUUCUGUUUGGACCUUUGGAGUACAUAAAAUGUCGGGUUCUCUGAAUCUUUUAUCGAAUUUAGAAUGUCUGCUACGUUUAUUUAACUCUUCUGCAAAUGCUUAAAAUGAAAACAUUUUGGAAAUGCGAGGAUUUUUAUCAAGUGGAUUGUUCUCUUCAUAUUUUAAAUGUUUACUUCAUAUCUUUAUUCCUAAACAUUAAAAUAGCAUUGAAGAGGCAUGAUUUUCAAGAUUAAGUGAACUAUAGAAAAGGGAUACGCUUUUAAAGAACGAUCUGGGAAAUGCUGUUACUAUUAGUCGUUGUUGUUGUUAAAUGUUAAGAUUUAUUUGAGAGUUUCUCAAUUUUUUUGGUAGAUAGUCAUGAGAAGAAAUGGCUAAUUCCUCUACUUUGAACAUUUACAGUAUAACAUCCCAGUUAGUUUUAAUGAUUUGGGUAUUGAAGAUAGUUGUCUGGUUUAAGAUUGGUAUUUAACCUAAGUAUCACUUGAAAACACAAGCUCUAAUGUUCAUUAUUUUGGAAAUUUGUGAUUUUGUAAAAUAUUAAUCAACAUAUUGUUUCUAUUAGGAGCUCUAUAAUCAAAAGGGUUUACUACCCAGAGGUAGACAACCUCUUUCCAAGUCUGUUUUACAAAUGUGUGUUGAUUUUUACUUUAUAAAACCAAAGCUGAAUUAGAUUAUUUCAGAAUCACUUGUAGUUCAGGCUGAAGAAAAUUAAAGCUUUUUUUCCUUUUUGUUCUGCCUAAUGUCUAUUUCUUUGCGCACAAUUUUUUGUUGGUAAGAGUUUGUUAAAUACAUAGAGACAGGGGGAUUAAAAAUAAAGCAGUCUCUAUUCUCUUUAAAAUGUGUCUGUUGUAUUAAUAAUAAAAGGGCUCAAGAAAUCUAGAGACAUUGUCUUUAAAAUGUAAGCAUAUUUUGAGGAGAAAGGAAAUGUUUACUUUUUCACAAGUUUUUCAUUAACAUGGAUUUUUGCUGCAUAUUAAUUUGCUGUAUAUUUCGUUUUCCUUUUGUCUUUCCUACAUUGUAAUGAAAUUAUACAUUUAGUUUUACAACUAUUUGUUUUACAGUAACAAAUUCAAACAUCUGGAUACUAGAACAGACUUUUCAUUCACGAAGUUAGUAUAUUGUUUAGAUAAUUAACGAAUGGUUAGAAGUCUUAAAAUCCACUUAUUUUCUAAUGACUUUUCAGUGUUAAAAUGCAAAUAUAACUAUGAAGUUUUAUUUAAAGUUUAAACUUUUUGUUUUAAGACUUUUGGGGAAGUUUAUGUUCAUUUCUCCCAGAUUGCCUUUUAAGGCUACUGUACACUAUAGCCCAAGGAAAGCUGCCUUUCACCUCCUUAGUCUGAGAAAAAGCCCACACUUACAGGCUUAUUCUGAAAUUAACUCUCGUUUCAGUAGUGAAAAUAUGCUAAAAAUCCUAUUUAUCACUGAAUGAUUUUGGAAAUGGCAUUGUUUAUCUUGUUUGCUUUUUAGAUACUCUUAUAAAGUGGGAGAGAAGCUGGCAUAUAAGGGCAAAAGUUUUAUACAUAUAUAAUGAAUAGAAUAAAAUAAAUACGUAUUUAUGUGGAGAGAUCUAGGUCCCAGUCAUUUGCUGAUUUGAGCUUAAAAUUCCCAGUUUAAGUGUACAAAUGAUAUUCAACUUGUGUUCUGUCUAGAAACUUCAUCAGUUGCCUCUGCGCUGGGGAACUAAGAAGUCAGUUCUUGGUGGCAGUCACUUUUUCAGAAAAACAGGGCACUUCCAAACUCAAAUCACUUCGGAAUCCCUGUAUAUAGACGUCUAGGACGGAGGGCAAGAAAAUUUAGACUGGAAGUUGGGAUAGGAGGGCGGGCAGUUUCGAGUCUUAGUCUUCCGUCCUGGGGGCAGCAGUCAGCACAGAGGAAAGGCAGGGACUGGCAGGGGGUGGGUGGGGCCCUCAUCGUAUUCUUGUUGGCCUUUUUGCUGCCUUGAGUUCGCAUUAGGGAGCAGGGGCUUGGUUUGACUCGAGGUAAACUCUUGAGGAAGAGCAGCAGCCCUUCUAGAUCGGAUUAUACCAGAUCUUAGCCUCAGUUUACAAGUGAAGCGUAAUGCCCCACACCAUUCUCUGUGGAGAGCCUGCUACUCAGCCUUUUUGUCCCUGGAGAGGCUGGGGUCUAUCCAGGGUCCUGAUUACUACUGUUUGAGUCUGGAGGAGCUACUGCUUCUUCACACAUGUAUUUCUGUGCAGUUGAAAGUGCUUCAAAAGUUCCUGUGUCCCUUUCCCAAUAGACUUUGGGACAGGGGAGGGAGUGCAGAAAAAAAUCAGCACGGAAAGAGUAC